ACAGUCUAAAGUUUUAUGUUAUUGAAUGAACAUUAUUUCAGUGUUCAAUAUUUUCCAGGCCAUGAAAAUUUUUCCGAGUCAACGGAAGAGAAAAAACCUCUAACAGAAGAAGAGAAGAAAGAACAGUUGGCUAAAAUCGAGGCAAAGUUAAAACAGCGAAGAUUGGAACGUGAAGCCAGAGAAAAAGAGGAGGCUCUGAUAAAAGAAAAAAACCGAAUCAAGUCGGGAAAAGAACUUUUGGAAGCGAAAAAGAAGCAUGAGGAAUUAGAGAUGAAAAAAAUUCUUGAGCAAAGGAAAAGAGAAAAAGAAGAAGAAAGGAUAGCCAAGCAGAGGGUUAGAGAACAAAUUGAACAAGAUAAACUUGCCAGAAAAGCAAAAUUUGGAAACUCAGUUCCCCCCAAUGAAGCUGUUGGCAUACCUAACCCUCCCAAAUCUACUUCGGCGGUAACUACCACUAAAACAAAUUAUUCAGAGGUAAAGUUGCAAAUACGUAUGCCUGAUGGCUCAGGAUUGACCGAAACUUUUGGAGCUAAAGAACCUCUGUCUGCAGUCAGACUUUACAUUCAGAUGCAUGGAAAGAUUCCCNAAUUCAAUAUUGUGUUUGUAGGAGUAAAAAGUUUGGCACCAACAGCGGUUCUCAUUGUUAAAAAGAAUUGA